AUGUGUGAACAUAUUGUUGACGUUAUUCAGUAUAGGUGGAAAUGCUGUGGACUGGAUGAUGUAAAUUUCUGGAUAUCAGAUUGUGACAACAAAACCCUUAUUCCAGCAAGUUGCUGCAUGCCAGAGGACGUGCAUCCGUGUUUAAAAAAAGACAUUUUCAAAGAGGGCUGUGGACCAAAAGGUUUCACCAAGUUUCACCUAGAAAUGACGGUUUUCGGAGUAUCGUUUUUAUUAAUGUUCUUAAUAUUUUUAACUAUAUUCAUAAUUAUGGUAUACUUAAUACGUUCUCAACAGGAAGAAUACUUUUUGCAUGUACCAAGAAAUUGGAUGUGGUAAAUGGU